AUGCCUGUUGAACCACAGGAUUCAUUUGAAGCCACUUAUUCGGUGCCCAUGCACUGUGCUGAUUGUGUUACUUCGAUCGAAAAAUCGUUGGGGGCGCUUGAAGGGGUCCAAAAGGUAGACUGCGAUCUUGGUAAGCAGAUUGUUGCAGUUACCGGGGUGGCUCCUCCAAGCGUGGUGGUCAAUGCACUACAGGAAAGCGGUCUGGAUGGCAUUUUGCGUGGGACCGGGAAGCCCAACAGUGCAGCGGUGGCUAUUUUGGAGACAGCCUCAUCUAACCACAGCAGCGACCCGGUAAGGGGGCUGGUGAGGAUGGUUAGUGUCUUCGAAAAUAGGACACUGUUUGAUAUCACACUCAAUGGCGUCAGCCACGCAGGUAAAUACCACGCUUCUGUGCAUCAGACAGGGGACGUUUCCAACGGCGUUGCAAGCACUGGCGGCAUAUUUUGCAAAUUGCCAGAGCCUAUAACAUGUGCUGAAAACGGCCAUCCCGCAGCGUCUGGGCCGUGCAGUGGACAUGGAUAUUUGAGCGCCAAAGUCAACGUGAACGAUCUGAUAGGACGCGCAUUUGUCAUCACGGCCGAGCCCCCAGCCCAAGAUUUCCACUACGGGGUCAUCGCGCGCAGCGCAGGAGCAUGGGAAAACGACAAGCAGAUAUGCUCAUGCAGUGGCAAAACCAUUUGGCAGGAGCGCAAGGAUGCAGUAGUAAAGAACUUAUGA